CACCCUGAUUCAUUCUCUCGCCUCGCCCGCCGCCUUCGCCCCCCUUCUCCCGGAUUCUCUUGUGUCUCUAUAUAUUAUCUCCCUCUCGCUUGAAAUACACGCCAAUUCCGCCUAAUUAUUCCCCUCCCCAGAAUCCUUGGAUGGUGAAUAUAUGUUGUUCAACCGUUUGAACUAUAUCUCUCACCAUGUCAUCCGCACCCGAUAUCGAUCCAUAUGCCGUGUUGGGGGUUCAGAAAGAUGCGACGCUACCCGAAAUCAAGACCGCCCAUCGAAAGCUCGUGCUGAAAUGCCAUCCCGAUAAGAUCAAGGACGAGUCUCUGCGAAGUAAGGCUCAGGAUCAGUUCCAGAAGGUCCAGCAGGCCUACGAGCUUCUGUCCGACGAUGCCCGAAGAACCAAAUACGACCAGAAGGUUCGCAUAGCUGAGCUCAAGCGCGAGAUGAUGGCUCGAGGAGGAAUGCCGUACUCGUCCCCGCGGGCUUCGAGCAGUGCUCGGGAGUAUCGCGAUGGGCGCAUCUAUGAGGAAAGGGCCCCCGCCGAACCCUUCGAUGAUGAGAUACCCUUUACCGAGGAGCCGCGCACCACGUCUCGCAAGUUCGAAGAGUUUGGAAAGCGCCGCAGUGCGAAGCCUACCGAAGAGAAGAAGAAGACCAAGAGCGUUCCUGUAAGUAACGUUCGUGCCGCGAAGGAUACCGCUCGCGACAGCGCGAAAGCGACCCACUCCAAUCGGGCCAAGUCCCGUACCAAGGAACGGCGACGGGAAGUCUACGAGAAGAGCCACGAGCGGGUCUAUGGGGAUUCCGACGAUGAUGGCGCUUCUGACUCCUCGGCCUCGUCUGUCUACGUGCGUGUCAAACGUCCGUCGGAGUCGAGGCGAAGCCGGGAACCAUCCUCUCGAAACCCCAAACCUACGGAAUCUGCUCGUCGGAGUAGUCCACGCUAUGAAGAGGACAACUAUGCCGGCGAGUGGGAAUCCAAGCACAAAACCGCUAAAGAUUACAUCCUCCGCUCCAAAGGCAGAGCCCCCGUUGAGACCGAUGCACGCCACCGCUCUUCCCGCUCGCCUCUUCGCCACCGUGACUACGAGUCGGCCGAGCCGGAAUCGUCCUCUUCCCGACGCUCUGGUCGAUCUGCGCGAUCCAGCAAGGAAACCGUGCGUGGGUCCUCCCGCCAUGGCUCCUACGAGCAUCUCGAGCCUCAAGCCCGGCCCUACGAGCAGAAGGUCCCAAGUGUGCCAACGGCCGCUACCGCGCCUGGAGUCAAGACUUCCUCCUCCUCUCGGCCUUCUCUUUAUCCUUCGCGAUCCGCAACCACCCAUUCUCACCCCCGAUUGAAGCGAGAGGGCACGAGUCGAUCAGAGCAGGUCCUCCUGGGUAUGGCUUAUCCGGAUGGCCCUCCUCGAACUUCCAAACUAAGAAGCGGCGACCGAUAUGAUUCAGGCUACUCCAGCCCGGGUACUCCGGAAAUGCCUAACGGGGAAAGCCCGUCGAAGUCUUCGUCUACUCGCUACAAGAUUGUCACCGAACCAGACACAGUUGUGGUUGAACCAAGCAUGCCAUCACCUCCUCAUCCUUCUCCAAAACGCGCGCAAACCUACUCGCCUCCUCGUCAAGAACGCCCGGUCCGGCCGACUCCCAAGCCGGUCCGGAGUAGUACGACCUACAGCUACAAGCCGGACGCAUCCAAUCGCUACGAAAGCACUCGACCUUCCACCUCUCGACAGCCCUCAUCCCGCCAUCUCUUCGGCGAGGUAGAGUACGGUGCACGCGGAAAGAAUGAUAUGAAGUAUGCUCGAGAAGUCGGUCCCGAACACAGCAAAUAUCCCACUCGUGAUGCCCGCGAUUCCCGGGAUUCCCGGGAUGCGUAUUCCCGGCAUGUCUACGACGACUACCGCAAUCCCCCCAUGGGACGACGACAAUCAACUUACGCGUAAUGAAUACAUGAUAACGACAGUUUAUUUGAUGUCCCAUGGAAACAGACAUGACGCUGCAUCGUUUUACCAAUAUUGUGAUUUUAGUACAUUUUGAACGCCUUUUUUUUGAU